CGAACCAGAAGGAAGGAGGUGACUGCCUAUUAACAACAAACAAGACGGACUGCCGCAACGUCGUCCCCUGGCCGGCCAAAGGGUCACUUUAACCCGUCCCAGAACCAGCUCUGUCCCCGUUGGCCGCGGGGCGACCCGGCGGACCGCCGUCUGACCCAUCGUCGCGCUGCUGCUACUGCCCGCGGAUCGCAGGUAGGGAAACAUGACCAACUACAAGGCGUUCCACUCGCAGCUGUCGUCCAUCAUGGAGUCGCUGACCCGAGCGGCGGUGACGGAGAUCUGCGAGCUGGUGGACGACAGCUACACCGUGCUGCAGCUGGAGAUCUCCCGCAGCCACAAGGAGAACGAGGCGCUGCGGCGGAAGCUGGAGCUCAUUGAGAGCAUCAUCGCCCGUGGGCACCGGGGCAGCUUCGCCAUGUUGGGGUACGACGCGCCUCCGGAGGCCGUCGGACCGGUGAAUUACCCCGGCGAAAGAAGCUCAUUGGCUCAGCUGCCCACGGCCGGGAGGACAAAAGCCAGCAGACAGGCGGCCAUCGAGGCGGCCGAGAGGAGUUUGGCCGUUAAAGAGGUGAGCGCGUUACUCCUGGAGGAGGAGGGCAGAGGGGAGGCAGACGUGGUGCUGAUCAAGGAGGAGACGCCGGGGGAGGAGCAGAGCAGGAGCGAGGAGCAGGAGGACCUCCUCAUCAGCGAGGACGGUACGGAGGCCCCGCCUCUGGAGUCAAGUGACGGCGAGGAGGGCCCCUCCUCGGGCCCCGCCAGCCUGCGUCCGUGGGAGCACGCCCUCAACGCCGACCCCCACGCCGACCCCGCCCACCUCCGCCCCCCUCUGGGCGACUCGCCGUCCCCCGGACGCGCCCCAGACGACGACGACGACGACGACUCCCGGGGUGCGGCCUUCGACCCGGCGUCUGACUCUUACCCUGAGGGCCCCGGCGAUGCCCCCAAGCCCGGCCACCUCCUGGGGCCCCCGGGGGACAGCCCGCACUCCCUGCCCGGGACCUUCGACCUGAAGCGGGGCCUGUCCCUGAUGAGCUCGCUGCCGUACGACAUGGAGCUGGAGAUGUGCUCAUCGUGGAACAACCCGGGCCUGCUGCCGGGGCCGGGGCCCCGGCCCUACCUCAAGCCCGACCCGCGGGCCCCGCAGCACCAGGACAAGGCCCCGGAGCACAGCGGCACGCUGCUCCCCUUCCCCGCGUCCCUGGGGGGGCCGGGCGCGGCGGCGGCGGCGUGCAAGAUGGACGGCCUGGACCUCAACCGCUUCUGCCGGGACCGCCGCUUCACGUGCACGUACUGCGGCAAGUGCUUCACCUCGUCGCGCAGCCUGGAGACGCACGUGCGCGUGCACACGGGCGAGCGCCCCUACAGCUGCGCGCAGUGCGGCAAGCGCUUCACGCAGUCGGGCCACCUGAAGACGCACCAGAGCGUGCACACCGGCGAGCGGCCCUUCGCCUGCGAGCACUGCGGCAAGCGCUUCGCCGGGAAGCAAAACCUGAGAAUCCACCAACAGAAGCACCACCCAAGAGUCGAUCACCGGCAGCAGCCAGUGAUAAUAAGGUCAGCACGGUGCAUUUCACGCGAAUACCGUGUGAGUACCGUGUUCCGUUUUCCCGGUGUCAUGCCCGCAAACGCCGCUAUGAAUUCCAAGAUUUUGCACGAGCAAUUGUCCAUCAUCAUGGGGGCGUUGACCAAAGCCGCCGUGGUGGAGAUCUGCGAGGUGGUGGACGAGGGCUACUCCGUCCUACAGCUGGAGAUCACCAGGAGUCACAAGGAGAACGAGGACUUGAAGAAGAAGCUGCACCUCAUCGAGUCCAUCAUCGUGCGGGGCAACGCGGCGGCGGCUGCCGCGGCCGCGGCGGCAGACGGCACGGUGCAGGCGGCGUCGUGCGCAGAAGAUGCGGCGCCGAAAGGAGACGCGGAGAAGACGCUGCCGGACGUGGUUUUGAUCAAGGAUGAAGACUCGGACGCCAACGACAGUUUAGAGGAAGUCACCGAAACAUCGGAGGACGGGCGAGCGACGAAGCACAGCCGGAAGAGGAAGCGACCCUGGCCGGCAGGAAGUGAGGUGGACGGUGAUGACCACAAGCCGUCUUCGGACCCCCAGCAGCAGCAGCAGGGGGGGGGCAGGAGCCCCGUCAGACCCAGGGCGGGCCCCCAGUACAGCCUGGCCUCCCCCGCCAGCGAGCCUGGCUGCUCCAGCCUUUCCGGGGGGGGGGACGAGACGGCCUGCUCCUACACCCAGCACGCCGACCACCUGGCCCACCCGGCCAUGGGGGGGCACUACGGGGCCCACGGGGGCCUGGACGACGCCUCCCUCCUGGAGGGCCGGGGGGAGCUAGACCUCAGCCUCCUGUGGACCAACAAAUCCAAGCAGCCGUACGCCGCGCCCUUCCAGCCCCACGAACACUACGACGCCGGCGGCGACGCCUUCGGGCUCAAGCUGAUCGGCGUCACCGGCUCCAUCACCAACGCCGCCGCCGACGGCGCCUCGGCCGACGGCGGCCAUCUCUCGGAGGGCAGCAGCUCGGCGUUCGACUUCGAGGACUGCAACGGCGGCAGCUUCGUUGCGUACCGCGGGGGGGCGGGGUCCCAGCUGGCGGGCGGCGGCGGCCUGCUGCCGGCGGGAGCGCGCGGGAAGCGCUACGUGUGCGCCAUGUGCACCAAGACGUACGCCACGUCGCAGAACCUCGAGGUCCACAUGCGCAUCCACACCGGGGAGCGGCCCUUCAGCUGCCCCCAGUGCGGCAAGAAGUUCACGCAGUCGGCCCACCUCAAGUCCCACCUCAGCGUGCACUCGGGCGAGCGCCCCUUCACGUGCGCGCUCUGCUCCAAGAGCUUCAUUGUCAAGUACAGCCUCAAGCUGCACAUGAAGAAGUACCACGAUAAGUGUAAGACAACCACGGCCAUGAACAAGACGGCCACCCCGGUCGAGCUGCACGCCCAGCUGGCCUCCAUCAUGGAGGUGCUGGCCAACGCGGCCGUGGCGGAGAUCUGCGAGCUGGUGGACAAUGGCUACGCCGUCCUGCACCUGGAGAUCUCCCGCGGCCACAAGGAGAACGAGUCGCUGCGAAGGAAGCUGCGGCUCAUGGAGCUCAAGGUGGCCCGCGUGUCCGCCCUGCGCUCCGCCGGGGUCGGCAGCUCCGUCUUCGCCAGCAGCCGCGCGCGGGCGUCCCAUCUCGGCCACGAGCUGAGACGGCACCACGGGGGUGAGCUGCCGCGCGUCACCGCCCAGGUGCCUCUCCUGUGCGGAGACCCCGAGGCGUCCGGGGACACAGGGCAGGAGAGCGUGCACAGAAAGGCGUCGCCGGAGAACCCCGUCAAACUGCAGACGCCCGUCAUCAAGGUGGAGAAGGAGGAUGAGCCCUGGCAGCAAGACAGUGAGUCGAAGCACGGCGCUCUUCACCCGCUAAAGGUUUCCACGACGACCUCCUUCGCAACGGCGACCCCGACGCAGAAGCCCUGCUGCCCCCGCUCGCCAAACAGGAAGUGGAGACCAAGAAGGACGUGGGCGACGGGCCGUGCUCCUGGGACGGCCCCGCCCCCGCGGCCCCCCCGCCCGCCCCGCGGCCCCGCCCUGAGGGCGUCCUGGUCCCCGCGGACGGCGAGCGGGACUGCGGGCGGCUACGACUGCAUGCUGUACGACGAGGAGCCCCCGGCCCCGCCCCGCUGCUCCCUGCUGCCCGGCCCCGCCCCCGAGGAGGAGGAGGAGGAGGAGGAGGAGGAGCCCGGCUGCUCCUACGCCCUCGGCCCCGGCCGGCUGGGCGUCCCGCCGCCCUCCGACAUGCCCCUCCGCUUCCCCUUCACCCUCGGCGACUCGGUCGGCCCCGAGCCCCCGCCGCCCGGCCCCAGGGCGGCGCCGCUGUCGUCGUCCGCCGCCGGCGACGACACGGCCGGCAGGAAGGAGGUACCGGCGGUGGCGAGCGCAUUCGUGCUGCAGGACGACUGGGACGGCUUCGGCGGCGGCAGCGGCGGGGGCGGGGCCUACAGUACCCGCGACGACCCCGCAGAGGGGAAGACCUUUAUCUGCAGCUUCUGCGGCAAGACGCUGGCGUGCCUGAAGAACCUGAAGACACACAUCCGCGUGCACACGGGCGAGAAGCCCUUCAGCUGCCCGCUGUGCGGCAAGCGCUUCUCCGACUCCAGCAACCUGAAGCGCCACCAGAGUGUGCACACGGGCGAGAAGCGCUACGGCUGCGUGCACUGCGGCAAGCGCUUCGCCCAGUCGGGCUCGCUCAAGGUGCACAUGAGCGUGCACACGGGCUGCAAGCAGUUCACCUGCCAGUACUGCAACAAGACCUUCAUCUCGGCCAAUCACCUGCGGCGCCACGUGGUGCUGCAUGGCGCCGACAAGCAGCUGCCCGCCAUGUUCCAGUGACCCCUGACUGACCUCGCACGGGGGGAUUUUAAAAGCCAGUCCACACCUGGCUUGGACCUAAAACAUGGGAGCACUUUUUUGCGAGGUGCCGUCCGAUGGUGGUUUAAUGAUGGUUUCUCAAUGAUCGGGAUUAACGGAUCAAACCGUCUGCACGCCUCGGAAUCCCCCCCGUCCCUGUGGGCCGGGAAAGGGAAGUCGGCUGCCCCCUGCUGGAGCUACUGCCCCUGUGACCCGACCCAGGAUGAGAACGUCUGCAGUGUUGACGGCUCCGCCCAUACAAAGCUAGUAGCGACCCGUACCUUUAUGGCGCUUUUCCACUGGAGGGUGCGGUUCGGUCCGCCUCAGUUCGGUAUGGAGGGGGCAGUAUAGCUCAGUUCUGAGGUCGC